AACAAAAAAAAACAAACAAAAAAAAGAGAUCCUCGAAUCUGAGGAAUCGCGUGGUGAACCGAUAAGGGGCAGAAAAUGAAUAUCACUAGUAGAUGGGACGAUUCGUCGAACCAUCAUGAUCUGAGAGAGUCGAUUUAUAGUAUUUAAAUAAAUAUUCAAGUCCCAUCCCGUCUCUCUUUCUAUUACAGAUCAUUUCUUAGAACUUUAUAUUUAUUUAUUUAUUUAUUGCGAUACCCACCCAUUAAGACAAGACCGUCUCACCGACAAGAUAAUCCUUUGCCAUUGACCUCCAUUAUACACUUUUAAUAACAAAGCCCGACUCCGACUAAACACUCCCCCCCGCCGUUCCCUAUGAGCGAAACUACAGUUGUCGUAGAAACGCUCGCCGAGCGACGAGCUAGACACCACGAGGCCGAGGUUGUUGUAGUCGGUGCCGGCGUCUUCGGAUGUGCCGUUGCAUAUGCUCUAGCUGAGCAGGGCAGGAGUGUUAUCCUCCUCGAGAGAUGGCUGAAAGAGCCUAACAGAAUCGUCGGCGAAUUGAUGCAGCCGGGCGGUGUAAACUCCCUUCGGAAACUGGGGUUAGGUCACACCAUCGACGACAUCGACGGCCAGCCAUGCCACGGCUUCAACGUAUUCUUCUACGGCAAGGACGUCCGCAUGCCCUACCCCCAGAUACAAGGCCUACUUGGUCAGGGCGGAGACGAGAAGACAAAUGGGAACGGGAACGCAAAGGUUAAGAGCGACGAGCCGCCACGGCCCCAGGGACGAAGCUUUCACCACGGCCGCUUCAUCUCACAGUUACGCAAGGCCUGUCUCAGCCACCCCAACAUCAGCGUGUUCGAGACGGAAGCCAUAGGCACCGUCAAGGGCGACCACAACCCAGAAAUCCUAGGCGUCGAGACGCGAACCGUCAAUGCCACCACCGGCGAGAAAGAGCCCGACUGCUUCUUCGGACAAUUAACUAUCAUCGCCGACGGCUACGCCUCCCGCUUCCGCAAGCAGUACAUCAACGAAACCCCGAUAGUCCGCAGCAAGUUCUACGCCCUCGAACUAAUCGACUGCCAACUCCCCAGCCCCGGCUUCGGCCACGUCAUCAUCGGCGCCCCCAGCCCAGUCCUCAUCUACCAGAUCGGCACGCACGAGACCCGCAUCCUAGUCGACGUCCCCGAGAAACUCCCCGAGGCCUCCCCGGCCAACGGCGGUGUCCGCGGAUACAUGUCCAAGGUCGUGCUGCCGGCCCUCCCCGCCUCCGUCCAGCCCUCCUUCAAAGCCGCGCUCGACCGCGACUCCAAGAUCCCGCAGAGCAUGCCCAACAGCUGGCUGCCGCCCACCAAGCAGUCCUCGACCCCGGGCCUCGUCAUCCUCGGCGACGCGAUGAACAUGCGCCACCCGCUGACCGGCGGCGGCAUGACGGUCGCCCUCAACGACGUCGUCCUGCUGCGCGACCUGCUCGCCGACAUCCCGGACCUGUCCGACACCGCGGCCGUCGCGCGCGCCAUGGAUACCUUCCACUGGCGCCGCAAGAAGCUAACCGCCAUCAUCAACGUCCUGGCCAUGGCCCUGUACAGCUUAUUCUCCGCGCGCAACAGCGAGCUGGCGAAGCUGCAGCGCGGGUGCUUCGCCUACUUUGAACGCGGGGUCACGCGCGACCCGAUGGGCAUGCUGGGCGGGCUGAUCCCGGAUCCGCUGGUGCUCGCGUAUCACUUCUUCUCCGUCGCGUUCGUGGCGAUUUGGCUGGAUUGGAAAGCGACGGGGCUCUGGAAGGUGCCGCUGCUGUUGUGGAAUGCGUUUUGGAUCCUGUGGACGGCUAGUCGGGUUUUCUUGCCGGUCAUGUAUCGGGAGGCGUUUGUGUAGAUGGGUGGGUGUUGAUAAUACAUACGUACCUAGGUACCUAAGUCAGGUGUGAUGCGAUGUGAUGUGAUGUGAUGUGAUGAUGGUUCGAAGAGGCAGUUUGGUCUCGGUAUACCCUGAAGAAGAAGAAGAAGUAGGAACGUGGACUUGGACUUGGACUGGGACUUUGAGGUCCGUUAUCGAGUGAUUAUGAGAAAGGGGGUGUUGUUUGCCUUAGAGGAUGAUACAUACAAUACAUACAUGCUUGGGCUUGAUAUCAGUCGCCCGGCGAAGAAGAGACACGAGAGGAAAAUGAAGAUUAGAUCUACGGCUUAACGGAUAUAUAUAUCAGUAUUUAAUUCUAAUGAUUCAAAUGAGAUUGAUAA